AUGGAGACCCUGCCGCUAUUAGAUGAGGCUAUCACGUACUUACAAGCGGAGAUCGCUGCGCUUCGAGCCGGAGAAAAAGAUUCGAUCCUACCAUCACUUGCUGUAGCUGUAGCAGCUGGUGAAGCUCCACUUCCUGAGCCUCAAUUUACACCUCUUUUAGCACGAUGGACCCCAAGAGCUUCAUCUUUUUCCACGGAACUUGCGGCACUUGUGGACCAGUUUGAGGCCGCAAAGCGACGUGAGAUGGAAAAUGAGAUUAAAAGAGAGAAAAGUGACGCGAAUUUGCCUGUACACUCGGCACUGCAGCGAGUUAGGGGACAAAGAACGAGGCCUAGAACGAGACCAAGGAGAAGGUUUGAAGAUCCAGAUACAGGAGAUGCUUCACCAUCUGCUAGUGAUGGAACGCCCACUGCUUCACCUCGAGAAGAUGUGGGUGUAAACAUUGAAAAGAAUAUGAAAGUAGAAGAGAAUGAAGAAGAAAAGAAAAUCGAGAAAGAAGUUGAUGAUCAGAUGAUGGAGGAAAAGAAAGAAGAGAAGGAAGAAAAGAUUGAAGAGAUUAAGUCGAAGGAAGUUAAAGUAAAUGAGACAAAGAAUGUGGGAACAGAGAAGUUUGAUGUUCAAGAACAAUGUGAGAAUAUGAAAAGAGAUAAAGAAGCUCAAGCGAAGAUGAACGAGGAUGACAAGAUGAAGACUGAAGGAAGUGGAAGAGAAGAGGAAAAGAACGAGAAGCAGGUUGUCAAAGCGAAGAAUCCGGAGAAAGAGGAAGCGGAGGCUGCAUUGGCGAGCUUAAAGUCACUUCGAAAAAGUAUGUUGCUAGAUGUAUUGUCAAAGAUUGUAUCUGUGGCGAAAAGUAAAGGUGUGGAUCCCGCCAUCUUUACAAAGGAUGGAAUAGAAAUUUCUCCAAAUGAGAAGAAAGUUGAUUUAAAGACAAUUCAAGAACGAGUGGCGAGUGGUAUUGUAUGUGAGUGGGCACAAUUUGCAGAGCAGGUAAAUCUCUUCUGUCAACAUGUUGUGACAAAUGCAGAGCAACGAGAACAAGCAGAAGCAAGACGUAAAGGUGUCGAGUUAUUACACUUUGCUCGAACUCUUACUGAGACAUUGCGCAAAGCUAGUGUAAAGAAAGAAAUGAUAUUGUUGCAGAAGAUUCAAGAUGCAGAAGAAGCAGCCGCUGCUCGAGAGAAGGCAUGUAUCAAUGAUUCAGAGAAAUUCAAGUACAAGAAUGACAAAGAAGAUGAACAUGUUGAAGAACAGAAGUUCAAACCGACAAAUGGAGAUGAUUUAAACAUGACAGUAAAGAAUGAAGAUACUCGGCCGUCGCUACUUACACCAACACGUGCACUUCGGCAAAUUCGACAGCGUCCAAGUCUUCCAUGUGAUUCAAUUGAGCACUCUCCAUCUCCUCUAACAAAAAAACGAAUUCGUGAUACUUCCAUCUCUGCAGCUUCAGCAAGUGAAGAUGCAAGUGGUUCAGAAAGUCAUGACGCCUCGACAUCUGACGCUGACGUCAAAUCUCGUGGACGUGUCAAAUCUUCAAAAACAUCUGCAAAGCGCACCCCAACACGUCGACGACGACUUUCAAUACCAGCAACAAGAACAAGUUCACGACAACAAAAGCGACGAGCUGCAGCAGCUGCAGCGGCUGCUGUUGAUAGUGGAGAUGAAGGAGGUAGUGGAGGUGAAGUUCUAAUGUCACUUGAUGAAAAAGAAGAAGGUGAAGGUGAAAAUGACGAUAAGAAAAAAAAAGUCAAGUCAAAAGUGAAGAAAAAAGUGAGUCGGAACAAACGGUAG